AUGUCUCGAUCGGGUCAAUCCAGCGAGGCUUAUGCUCAAGAGCUGAACCGGAAACGGGCGACGAUGCGGGGUAAUGAUGAGGAGCCGAAUGACGAGAACGUCGGCAAUGGCAACAAGGUGGCGUUUGGCGCCGCCGGCACAUUUGAUCAGGAUGUAUACGGAACGGAGGAACGCGGCGGCGAUAAGUAUGUCGAAUCGAUCGGCACCGGCGAAGAGGACGAUGUUGAUGAGGAUUCGAUGCCAUCGGCGCCGAAGAAGGCGAUCAACUACGCGCAGCCGCACAAAUUCAUUGAAGAAGUCGCGAAGGCAGCGGAUGACACGGAUCCGUUCGCUGAUACCCGAGUCAAAACCAUUGCUGAGAGGAGGUCCAAAUAUCAGGAGCGAGCGCAGCGGCGGCAGAUUUCGCCGGAGCGGAUUGACGCGUUCGUUGAUCAAACGCCUGAUCAGCGGAAUCGCGGCUAUGCUGAAGUCAUGCGCGAUCAGCUAUUUCUUGAGGAGAAGGGACGCGUUGAGCGAGAGCUUGCGGAUCGCGCCAAAUCUGGCGAAUUGCAUAUCUCAUCGGCCAGCCAGCCGCCUGAACGCAAGAAGGGAAGAUGGGACGAGACGCCGUCGGACGUAAAGGGCGAGACGCUUGGCGCUGGCUCGGCAACGCCGGCUCAAGGAAGCGCGCCGAGAAAACGUUUGGGAUUCUCGUCGAUUAGUGCAGAAGCUGCGACGCCGCACGUCGCCAGAUGGGAUGAGACGCCUGCACAUCCCACUGGGGCUGCCGAUGCGACACCAUCGGUUGACAAAUGGUCGUCCACGCCGGCUGCUCAGACUCCGCGCCGUAAUCGUUGGGAUGAGACGCCGAAGGAGAGUGUUCGCGAUGGUGGAAUGACGCCCGGUUGGGGAGCCGAGACACCGGCAAGAGGAUCGAUGGAUGACAUAAAGGUUGAAGACACACCAUCGGCGUCGAAACGACGAUCGAGAUGGGAUCUGACGCCUUCGCAGACACCUGCACCGGGAUCGGCGACGCCGCUUGUCGCUGGAGGCGCGACACCUUCGUUCACACCAUCGCAUCCAUCACAGACCCCGAUUGGUGCUAUGACUCCUGGUGGAGCUACUCCGAUUGGAAGUGCCGCGAUGGGAAUGAAGACGCCAGCGCCGCACAUGAUACCAAUGACGCCGGAACAGAUGCAGAUUUAUCGUUGGGAGAAGGAGAUUGAUGAUCGCAAUCGUCCGCUGUCCGAUGAAGAACUUGACUCGCUAUUCCCGCCUGGUUAUAAGGUCCUUGUGCCGCCAAUAAACUAUAUUCCGGCGAGAACGCCGUCGCGAAAAUUGUUGGCGACGCCGACGCCGAUGGGCGGUUCGGCGGCUGGCGGAUUCUUCAUGGCGAGCACACCGGAACGCGAUGGGAUUGGCGAGAAGGGAGUUGGUGGCAUUCUCGACACGCAGCCGAAAAAUGCCGAAUUGCCGCCGCUGAAGCCGGAUGAUAUGCAGUAUUUCGAUAAAUUGCUCAUGGACGUUGAUGAAAGCACACUGACUCGCGAAGAGCGUAAUGAGCGUGAAAUUAUGGAGCAUCUUCUCAAAAUUAAAAAUGGAACGCCGCCGAUGCGAAAGAGUGGAUUGAGAAAGAUUACGGAAAAUGCCCGCAAGUAUGGCGCUGGACCGCUCUUUAAUCAAAUCUUGCCACUUCUGAUGUCGCCGUCGCUCGAGGAUCAAGAGAGGCAUUUGAUGGUGAAGGUUAUUGAUCGAAUUCUGUACAAGCUUGAUGAUCUUGUCAGACCUUAUGUGCACAAAAUUCUCGUCGUUAUUGAGCCGCUUCUCAUCGAUGAAGAUUAUUAUGCGAGAGUUGAAGGUCGCGAGAUUAUCUCAAAUUUGGCGAAAGCCGCCGGAUUGGCGACAAUGAUCUCCACAAUGCGUCCCGACAUUGACAAUGUCGAUGAGUAUGUGAGAAAUACGACGGCGCGCGCGUUCGCCGUCGUCGCUUCGGCGCUCGGCAUUCCGGCGCUUUUGCCGUUCUUGAAAGCGGUGUGCAAGAGCAAGAAGAGUUGGCAGGCGCGGCAUACCGGCAUCAAAAUUGUGCAGCAAAUGGCAAUAUUGAUGGGUUGCGCGGUGUUGCCGCACUUAAAAGCGCUUGUCGAGAUUGUUGAAGGCGGAUUGGAUGAUGAGCAGCAGAAGGUGCGUACCAUCACAGCGCUUUGUUUGGCCGCUUUGGCUGAAGCUGCCACCCCAUAUGGUAUUGAAGCGUUCGAUUCGGUGCUAAAGCCUCUUUGGAAGGGUAUCCGCAUGCAUCGUGGUAAAGGAUUAGCGGCGUUUUUGAAGGCGAUUGGCUACUUGAUUCCACUUAUGGAUGCUGAAUAUGCCUCUUAUUAUACCAGAGAAGUCAUGUUGAUUUUGAUCCGUGAGUUUGCAUCGCCGGAUGAGGAAAUGAAAAAGAUUGUAUUGAAGGUUGUUAAACAAUGUUGCGCCACAGAUGGUGUUGAAGCGAAUUAUAUUCGGGAUGAGGUACUUCCGAGCUUUUUCAAAGCGUUCUGGAAUCAAAGAAUGGCCAUGGAUCGAAGAAAUUAUAGACAAUUGGUUGACACGACUGUCGAAAUUGCGCAAAAAGUUGGAACUGUUGAGAUGAUUGCGAGAAUUGUUGAUGAUCUUAAAGAUGAGAAUGAGCAAUAUAGAAAAAUGGUUAUGGAGACGAUUGAGAAUAUUGUGGCGCUUCAAGGAGCCACUGAUAUUGAUGCCAGAUUAGAGGAGCAGCUUAUUGAUGGCCUUCUUUACGCGUUCCAAGAGCAGACGCAGGAGGAUUCGGUGAUGCUUGAUGGAUUCGGUACGAUUUGUUCGGCACUUGGACGCCGCGCAAAAGCUUACAUUCCGCAGAUUUGUGGUACGAUUUUGUGGAGAUUGAACAAUAAAUCAGCGAAAGUUCGACAACAGGCUGCCGAUUUGAUUGCUCGAAUAGCGCCGGUAAUGCACAUGUGCGAAGAAGAGAAGAUGAUGGGUCACAUGGGAAUUGUGUUGUAUGAAUAUUUGGGAGAAGAGUAUCCAGAAGUGCUCGGAUCAAUCCUAUCGGCUCUGAAAGCGAUUUGCAAUGUGAUCGGAAUGACGAAAAUGACGCCGCCAAUUAAAGAUUUAUUGCCGAGAUUGACGCCGAUUCUCAAGAAUCGACACGAGAAAGUUCAAGAGAAUUGCAUUGAUUUGGUCGGAGCGAUUGCGGAUCGCGGUUCGGAGUUUGUGUCGGCGCGAGAAUGGAUGAGAAUCUGUUUUGAGCUUCUUGAGCUUCUCAAAGCGCAUAAGAAGAGUAUUCGAAGAGCAGCGAUCAACACGUUUGGCUAUAUCGCCAAGGCAAUUGGACCGCAUGAUGUGCUCGCCACGCUUCUCAACAAUCUCAAAGUGCAGGAACGUCAACUGCGUGUCUGCACGACGGUGGCGAUUGCGAUUGUCGCCGAAACGUGCGCGCCGUUCACAGUUCUUCCGGCGAUCAUGAACGAAUACCGAGUUCCUGAGAUUAAUGUGCAGAAUGGUGUGCUCAAAGCACUUUCGUUUAUGUUUGAGUAUAUUGGUGAAAUGGCCAAGGAUUAUAUCUAUGCUGUGGUGCCGCUUCUCGUCGAUGCUCUCAUGGAGCGCGACCAAGUGCAUCGACAGAUUGCCGUCGAUGCCGUCGCACAUUUGGCACUCGGCGUCUAUGGUUUCGGAUGCGAGGACGCGCUCAUCCAUUUGCUCAAUUUUGUGUGGCCGAAUAUGCUUGAGAACUCGCCGCAUUUGAUUCAGCGUUGGGUGUUUGCAUGCGAGGGAAUGCGCGUCUCAUUGGGACCAAUUAAGGUUAUGCAAUAUUGCCUUCAAGCUCUUUGGCAUCCGGCGAGAAAAGUUCGAGAGCCGGUUUGGAAGGUAUACAACAAUCUGAUCCUUGGAUCAGCCGAUGCGAUCGUUGCCGGAUAUCCGAGAAUCGAAAAUACCGAACGAAAUGAAUAUGUUCGAUAUGAGCUUGAUUAUUCACUGUAA